AUGCGAUCCCGAUCCGCAAUUGACCGACGUUUGUUUUUGUCAUCCGAUCCGACACAGCUGAGCUGAUCUCAUGCGUUGUGAAACAAAACACACGCACACACACAAAUACUCCCCCUCCCUCCCUCCCUUCCCUUACCUUCCCGGUCGUCUGUCCCUUUCUUGGUUCCUUAACCUUCCUCCACCUUUUUCCUUUUUCUCUUGUCAAAAACUUUAUAUAAUAAUACUCCAAUAAUAGUGAUAAUAAUCUGAAGUAGUAGUAGUAGAAGUAAUCGUUUGUUUAAUCCUCCUGCUUUUUUAUACCUCUCCUCGUUUCAUUUGGUGUCGAUCCUAUCGCGCAUUCAAGAGGAGCCUCUGAUUUUUCUAGGGUUAGGGUUUCUGUUUGAUCUUCUUCUUUGUCGGUUUUUAUUUUUUCCCUUGUUUGAUUUGGGAAUGGGUGCGGAGGGGGAGGCAGCCGAGUCGAGCUUGGGCGUCACCGGUGGUGGUGCUGAAGAAGAAGUAGCUCUCAACAUCCGAUGCUCCAAUGGAUCCAAAUUCUCGGUGCGGAUGAGCCUCGAGGCCACGGUCGAGGCUUUCAAAGCUGUGCUUGCGCAGAACUGCGACGUUCCGGCUGAUCAGCAGAGGUUGAUUUACAAGGGUCGGAUCUUGAAGAAUGACCAAACCCUAGCUAGCUAUGGUUUACAGACAGAUCACACUGUCCAUAUGGUGCGCGGUUUUGCUCCAGCCUCAUCAACACCUGCUGCUGCUGCUGCCACUAUUGGCAAUCCUACUCCUACCCCUGGAGUUGCACAGGGUGUUGGUUCAAAUGAAGGUGGCACUGGAGGUGUUGGUCUUGGUCCGUCUCUAUUUCCUGGGCUUGGUUUUAAUCCUCUAGGAGGCUCUGGAGCGUCUGGAUUAUUUGGAGCGGGGCUGCCAGAAUUUGAACAAGUGCAGCAACAACUGACUCAGAAUCCCAACAUGAUGAGAGAAAUAAUGAACAUGCCAGCCAUUCAGGGCCUAAUGAAUAACCCUGAGCUGAUGCGCAGCAUGAUCAUGAACAACCCUCAAAUGCGUGAGAUCAUUGACCGCAAUCCAGAGCUUGCUCAUGUUCUCAAUGAUCCUGGCAUCCUUCGACAGACAUUAGAAGCAGCACGAAACCCUGAGCUUAUGCGAGAAAUGAUGCGGAACACUGACAGGGCAAUGAGUAACAUUGAAUCUUCUCCCGAGGGAUUCAACAUGCUCAGGAGAAUGUAUGAAAAUGUUCAGGAACCAUUUCUCAAUGCUACAACACUGGCUGGAGGCACUGGAAAUGAUCCUGGGUCAAACCCAUUUGCAGCUCUUUUGGGAAAUCAGGGUGUUGGUUCCCAAACCAGAGAUGGAUCUAACAAUACUUCAACCACUGGGUCUGAGACAACUACAGGGUUUACUGUUCCAAACUCUAAUCCGCUUCCUAACCCUUGGGGUGCAGCUGGUGGCCCCCAAGCAAACACUACUGCAAGGUCAAAUCCUACUGGGGAUGCCAGGGCACCAGCCAUUGGUGGGUUAGGAGGACUUGGUGUUCCAGAGUUAGAGCGCAUGUUUGGCAUGCCAGACCCCUCUUCAAUGAAUCAGCUCUUGCAGAAUCCGGCUGUGUCACAAAUGAUGCAAAGCUUAUUAUCCAAUCCCCAAUACAUGAAUCAGUUUCUUGGUCUGAAUCCGCAACUCCGGAGUAUGCUCGACUUAAACCCUCAGUUAAGGGAAAUGAUGCAAAACCCAGAGAUGCUUAGGCAAUUAACCUCGCCUGAGACUAUGCAGCAAAUGUUGGCUGUACAGCAGGGUCUUUUGUCUCAGCUUAACAGGCAGCAAUCGACUCAGGAAACAGCUCAGACUGGUGGGACUCAAGGAACCCAAAACAAUAUGGGACUUGAGUUGCUGAUGAACAUGUUAGGUGGACUCGGAGGUGGUGGCUUGGCUGUUCCAAACUCACCUAAUGUGCCUCCAGAAGAGCUUUAUGCAACUCAACUGCAACAGCUUCAAGAAAUGGGUUUCUUUGAUACCGCAGAGAAUAUUAGGGCACUUCGUGCUACCUCAGGAAAUGUUCAUGCUGCUGUGGAGCGACUUUUGAACAACCCUGGCCUGUAGUGAGUGCACAUGUGCUGAUGUUUAGUCAAAAAUACAGUUGGGCGUGUAAAAGGUAAUCAAUUUGGACCAAUUUCUGAGAGAAGAUGGAAGACGUGAUGGCACUUUCAGUUUCAUUUUGGGCAGCGUGAAUAAGUACACACUACAAUCCAUGGUAAGAGGUGAACCUGGCAGACAGUGUUUUGCAUUACCGGACUGUUACAUGCCCUUCCUCUUUCUCUCUCCCUCUCUGUGACAGUGCGUUGAUGUACAUACACAUUUAAGUAUUCUUCCGUGGAACAUUUUAAACUUGAAUGAAUGUUUGAGGAUGUGGAAUUCCUGUCUUCUGUUUGUGUUUUAUUUGAACAGCCGUUGUGCUGGGAAAUUUGUGGAUCUUUGUCUACGGUUGACUGGAACUCAAGUAUCAAUUUAUCGGCAGAUAGAAUUACGAUUCACUUCA